AGAAGAAAAUGGAUGGACGGGUGGAUUUCUAUAUGUAAUAAAAGUUAAAUAACCAGAGUUUGGAUGUGGGGAAAAAUUGUGGGGCACUUACAUAGAAGGCAUAAACAGUGCCUGUGCAAUGCAGGCUGGAUUAUUAUUACAGCAUGUGAAAUAUUAACUUUCUUUUGGAUUGGUUAUUAUUUCAUGAAACACAAAGCAAAGGCUUAGCGCACAAAAUCUUAAAGAGGCAUCUUUAUUAACCAAAUGAAUCGCUGUUUUUACCUUUAAAACAAUGUUUUAAGAGAAAGUCUAACACGGGUAGUUUCAUUUGCACCUGCAUGCAGCCGAAUCCCUUCUGGGAGCUGAAGAGGUGGUGGGUGAGUCAGCCUGGCUGUUUUUGCGCCGGCAGAUUCUAAAGACCUUUUGGCAGUGUUUUUAUUUGUAUACAGCCUGUAAUUGUACAGACAGAUUACGCAGUAAGCAAGGGGGCAGAAGCAGUGUGCGAGGCAUCGCCUCUGUGACACAGUGGGGGGUAACUACAUGAACAAGACUGCAUGGAAAGAGAGUUGCGAAUAUGGUUUUGUUUUAAUGCUAUUUCAUUGACGUGUCUGUGCUGUCUUAAAUAGAUGAGAGUAUUGCAUUUAUCCUGACCCCGUCUUGAGGACAGUGAACUCAGCUUUCCAGGGCAGCGAGAGUGGCUGCUGACUAAUUAAUCCUCUUAGUGUUCUUCACUUCGCAGCUUCGCUUUGUGGCAUUUGUUGACUUCAUUUCAAAAGCGUCCAGGUGGUGACCUACAACUUACCAGGAGCCAGUUCACACAUCUUUGAUGGGAAGAUAACUUUAGUGCAGGAGUUCUCAUUACCUCAGGAUUUACACUAUUUUUUCUCCCCCUGUAUGGGAUACAUCUUUAUUAUGAUAUCUGUCUACAAUUGCUGUUCAAUGGAGUCAGAAGAAGUGGAUUAUGACAAGCUGGUUACAUCUAUCCUAGGACAAAUGCUGGAUUUGAGGAGUGGGGGCAUAAUAUGUAAAACAAAAGAGGUUAGUACUCUGCAUGAUACAAAUUACACAGAAUAGUUAUAAAAACAGUAUACAGGACUCCAACAUUGAAACAAAUACGUAUUGGUAACUGACAGGCUCGAGUAAUUAAACAUGACCCACAAAGACAAACUCUGCUUGUUCCCACUUUUAUUUCCUCUUUCUAAAUGCCCAGAUGACAAAGCGUUUGUUUUAAACAGAUUUUUUUUAAUUUUACGUCCAGCCUGCUGUGUGUGUGGAUACAUAAUCUUAGGGAGAAGGAGAUUGGUGACAGUGGACUUUUAGAGGCUUGGAAUGCAGGCAAGAAGGACCUGGAGGAGUUUAACUCUCCAUAAACCAGCUCAGAGCUAAUUCUGGCUACCAGAUAAUUCAGUUGAAAGCUGCCUUCCUCAUGGCACACACCUUGUCAACAUGUGGAGCCAAACAAGUCUUAUUUUGAGUGUUUGCUGCGUACCCAAAUCUGCCUCAGGAAUCUCAAAACAGAUCAAGCAGAUUAUAAAUGUUUGUUGCUUUCUGGUUGGUAGAAGAAGGCAUAAAAACAUGAGUUAAAUCUGAGCUAUAAUUAACAUUACCUUGUUAUCUUUAGAAUUUAAUUUAAGAAAUUAUUUAUUCCUUUAUUACCUAUUCAGGAGAUAUAAUUAAAGGAACAUUUUUAAUGAAAGUGGUAAUAUUAAUAUGGGUACUCUAAAAGUUCAUCAGGGCUGCAAAGCUCCACUUUAAAUCCUAUUGCUUUGUUCAGUUAUGCAUGAACAGAAAUGUUGAAAACACUAAAUGUUGAAGACAUUUCGGUUCCUUUUCCGAUUUGCGGAAUUAUUGUAUUAUUGUAUCACUAAGACCCUGGCAUAAUUCCAGGUGGAUGUUUGACUGCUAUGCUUGUGAGAUAUUAUUCAGAUUAACAUGCUUUAUAUGUCCCAGACCAGUUCUAAUUUAAAAAUAGUUUGUCUUUUUUAUCAUUAGCUUGAACCAAUAAUCAAAAGCAAUGCCUGAUUUUCAUUGCUUAAUUUUAAGUAAAUUUUUAUUAUUAUGAGCAUGGGGUAAUUGUCCUAUGGCAAGACCAAGUUUUAAUCAAAUGGCUAUUGAUUUGAGGUGAUAUUGAAACAUUUGGAGGUAUUCAUUUAAAUUUUUCCACCUAGACUGUGCAAUGCACAGUUGAAGGGUUGGUGCUUCCACCACCAUGCUUGACAGUUGGUAAAGUAUUCUUAGAUAUAAAUGUCUAAAUAGACACAAGGAACCUUCAGAAUACAUCCAGUAAAUUUUGAAUUUGUGCACAUUGUUGAUAUUUUCAAGAAUGAAUCAACACAAAUUGUAUGUUGGAUAAUCGUUCCAUCCCAGAAAAACAGUUGUUCAAAUGCACCAUUAAAAGCCCACUGAGCAGAACUUUGCACAAGCUAAAGACAUGAACAACACAGUUUAUAUUAGUUUAGGAACCUCAUGCUAUCUGUGAAACAUGGGUUUGCUGUAUGAGGUCCAGGACAGAUUAUCAUUUAUGGAACCUGGAUGUACCGGUAUUUGGAUAAUGCUCAGAUAUCAACAAACAGCUAUAGAACUUGGACGAGUGCUGAAUGGUUAAGAGCAAAGAUAGUUCUGCUCAAUAGUCAAGUCUAAGUACUGACCCGAAUCCUAUUAGAAAGGUUAAGCGAGAGUCUGAGUUGAAGAGUCUACGAAUAACAUUAGUGUCUCAAAAAACCCUUUAGCAUCCUGGAAAUAAAGCUUCUCUGCAAAUAGGAACUGGUAAAAAUGACAAGAUCUACUUCUUGUCAAUCUUCUGAUUGCCACUGUUUCUCCUUUCCUCUGGUACACCUCAAGUCUGCAGCUUCCUCCUGAUCUAAGCCCAACGGGUGAUGCCAGCUGAGGUCACCAUGGUGACCUUUGCUGACACCAGGCAGGUCUCUCCAAUGGAGCUCCAUGAACCUCCAUGUCUGAGUGCCACGCUGUCUCCAGGGCUCAGGCGGAAAAAGAUGCUGUGGCAGAACGCAGUGAAACACAUCAUUACCCAACAAGAGCUCAGCUCUCAGGUGGGUAUGGAACCAGCUCGCAAAAUCUUUGUGACUGAUACCUACAUAGAUGAGAUCAACAAACAAAUCCGCAGCAAGGCCUCCCGUGGAGUCACAAAACGCCGCUCCUCCACAUUCAGAGUCCAUAGUCGAACCUCCACCAGCACGCAUGGCAGCAUCAGGGUUCCAACGCAGCACUACACCAGCGACGCUGACUUCUUCGUGCACUGGUGUAACACUGUUCACAGCGUUUACAUACCCAUGCUGGGGCACACCUUCAAAUCCCACGAUCUGGAGAAACUCUACCAGCAAUACUCCUCUCACCAGAGGAGGAACUCUCUAGCCAUCACCAAUGUAAUCGAUGCUGUGACGAAGCUCCACAUGUUGGUUCUGUAUCUGGCACUGGCCCCGGAUGCUGUUACGGAUCGUUUGCGUGGCUAUUUGACUGGCAUCUUCAUGGUGCUAGCUAUAGCUCUUUGCGUACUAGUAUUAACCUGCAAAGACUCCAUGUCCCCACAGUGGCUCCAUUAUGCUGGCUUUGCAAGUUGGCUGUCACAGACCACACAGAUCCUAGGGGGCCUGGCUUAUGGACUAGAAAAAGACCCAUCUUGGUAUAUUUUGUUCACAUUGUUUGCGACAUACACACUGCUGCCAUUACCUCUGCUGUGGGCAAUGUGUGCUGGCUUCCUCACCCCAAUACUGCACAUUUUAAUGGAGAUAUGGUUCCACUACAAUGAUGCUUUGCUUUUGAAUAAGGUGUUUGCCAAAGGCCUGCUGUACAUGGGCAUGAACACAGCUGGCUUGUUCAUCCACUAUCUGACAGACCACGCCCAGCGACAGGUUUUUCUGGAGACGCGGCGCUGCAUUGAGGGUCGCCUCAAACUUGAGCAAGAGAACCAAAGACAGGAGCGACUGGUCCUGUCAAUCCUCCCUCGUUUUGUUGCUUUAGAAAUGAUCGCUGACAUGAGCUCCCUGGAGAACGAACUCAACCCCCACGAGUUUUAUAAGAUCUACAUCCACCAGUAUAAAGAUGUCAGCAUCCUUUUUGCAGAUAUUAAGGGCUUCACCCAGUUGUCUAUAAACCUGUCACCCCAGGAAAUGGUUCUAACCCUUAAUGAGCUCUUUGGACGCUUUGACCGACUAGCUGAGGAGCAUCACUGUUUGCGGAUAAAGAUACUGGGAGACUGUUACUAUUGUGUUUCGGGGGUACCGGAGCCGCAGCUUGCUCAUGCACGUUACUGCGUAGAAAUGGGCCUGGCUAUGAUCAGCACAAUACGACUCGUCCAGAAGCAGCUGAACAUUGACUUGGACAUGAGGAUCGGUAUCCAUUCCGGCUCCAUCCUUUGUGGGGUGCUGGGCUUGCAGAAAUGGCAGUUCGAUGUCUGGUCCUGGGAUGUGAGCAUCGCCAACAAGCUGGAAGCAGGAGGAAUACCUGGACGUAUCCACAUCUCCAGGGCCACCCUGGAUUGCCUGGGAACUACAUACAAGACGGAGGACGGUCAUGGCCGUGACAGGAAUGAGUUUCUGCGAAAACACAACAUCGACACCUUCUUUAUUUGUCCUCAAGAAGGCAGGAAUCAAGACGGCCAUCCUGAGCCCAUAAAAGUCCAGAAGAGAAUUCGGACCUGGAACCCAGAGAUCCCUUUUGGUCAUGCUAUCGAUAUGAACUGCAUUCUGGCCUCUUUCACCAACGGCUCUCUGCCCAGUUUAUGGCAGUGCACCUCCAGAGAGAUAAACAAACGGAUCAAACACGCUAUCGAGGUUCGAAGCAGUGAGCGCAUGCGCAAGGAGCACAUCACUGCUCUGACCCUGGUGUUCAAAGACACACACAUAGAGAACAAGUUCUCCCAGAUCAGAGAUGAAAUGUUUAACUCCAACAUGGUCUGCUCCUUCAUCGUGCUCCUCUUCCUCAUGGCUGCCCAGGCGGUCAUCCCUACUCCCAGACUGUUCUCCGCUGUACUCCAGUUUUUCCUCUUUCUUCUUGCCUACUGGCUACUGCUGCUGGUUGCCCUUGCCGAGGAGUUCAAGUGGACUCCAGUUGCUUUGCAGAAGUUCUGCUGCUGGAUCCACGAAAACAACAGCGCCCGAAACCUCCUCACUCUCACAGCCAUCAUCACCAACUUUAGCUUGGCUUCGACUGACUUGGUGUGGUGUGUCCUAACAACCUCUGAAGAAGCUGACAUAAUGGAGAAGAAGAGCUCAGGCUCACAUUCAGUCUCCAUUUGCGUUUAUCCUGAGAUCUUCGUGCUGAGCGGCGUGGUCGCCAUGGUGACAUGUGGUGUGUUUCUGCGCCUGAACUCCCUGCUGAAGCUGGCGGUGCUGCUGAUGGUGGUGAUGGUGUACUCCUACCUCAUACACCUCGCCUUUGUCACGCUCACACGUAGCGACGCCCAGCACAGGUCCCACUAUAUCAGGAGAAAAUGGAUUUCCAUUCUUCUCAUGGCGAUGUUUAUUGUAUCAGUCUUCUACAAUGGACGGCAGUGGGAGGCCACUGCCAGACUGGACUUCUUGUGGCGUCUGCAGGCUCAGCAGGAGGUGGAGGACAUGAGGGAGCUGCGAGAACAUAACGAGUGUUUGUUGCACAACAUCCUGCCCUUGCAUGUCGCACAGCAUUUUCUGGAGCGCAGCAGACAUGAUGAGGACCUUUAUUCCCAGUCCUAUGAUGAAGUGGGUGUUAUGUUUGCUUCUGUUGCCGGGUUUAAUGAGUACUUUGAGCAAAAGGAGGUCAAACAUGAAGGAGUGGACUGUCUCCGACUGCUGAACGAGAUUAUAGCCGGCUUCGAUGAGCUAUUGGAGGAAUCUUAUUUCCACUACGUGGAGAAGAUCAAGACAAUUGGAAGCUGUUACAUGGCAGCAUCUGGUUUAGCUCCAAACAAACAGGGAUCAUUGAAUGAGUGGAAUCACUUGAGUGAGCUGGUUUUGUUUGCUUUGGCGAUGCAGGAGAUUUUAAGAGAGAUAAACAACCACACUGCCCAAAGUUUUGAGCUGCGUGUGGGUAUUGCCCAUGGACCGGUGAUUGCAGGUGUGAUCGGUGCCAGCAAACCCCAGUAUGAUAUCUGGGGAUCGACAGUGAACUUGGCCAGUCGCAUGGACAGCACAGGUGUGAGCGGACGCAUCCAGGUUCCUGAGGCCACCCGCAAGAUCUUGGCAGAAUGGGGAUUCGUUCUUAAACUUCGAGGAGAGAUAUUUAUUAAGGGGGUAAGUGAAUGCCAGGGGAAAGUUCGUACAUAUUUCAUAAGUACCAUGCGCAGUAAGAGGGGCAGAGUUGGAGGAGAGAAGUAUUCAGGGGGCCGAGCGGGAGGUCGCAUGACCCUGGCCGGAGUGGUGCACGGCCUCGUCCAGGCCAGGCACAAGGAGAAGAUGAGAGAAGCCAAUGGGAACUUUGGUUUAACCCCCUGCAAACUGCACUGCUGAAUGCUGCAAGAAGUAAACCACAUGGUCCAAAAAUGGUGUUUCCCCAAGUUUACAGGAUAAAGUAAAAACUUGCCAAAAAAUCUUGUUCUGGUUUCCUCUGUGCUCCUCCGACUGGGAAAGUGCUUUGUGACUUCUUAAUCUAUGUGGGGAAGGUUCAGAAUGGUGUUUUCUGAACAUUGCUUUGAAAUUAACUUGAAGACAUCUUUUAUGCCAUUUUGUUUAGUUAAGGAAAAGCCAACGAUUCUUUGCUGGAACGAUAUUCUGGCUAGAUGACAGACUUUUGAACCAAAACACAGAAUACCUCAAUAAGACCAGCUCAAAUGGCCUAUUAAACUGUGAACAAAUGUUUUUACUUCAUUGUUGUUCACCUAUUUAGUACUGUUAACAGGUACAUUCUGUGUAUUCAUGUUAUUUCCUGUUUGGUUUCUCUUUUUUUUUUUGUCUUUGUAUGAAUUAAAAACUCAUGCAACUCUUCUCUUCUUGUAAAUCACAGUAAAAAGAAUGUAAUUUGUUUAAUUAACCAUAUAUUUUAUAUCAGAUCUGAUGCAGUAUGUGCUUGUUAUUUUGUGCUCUUAUUGUACAGUCAUAAUAAGUAAUAUACAGAUGUUUGGGGGUUUUUUAAAACAGAAAAAAGUUUUAUUCAUUUUACAGACAUGCAUUGUAUUUAUUUUUUUAUA